GUAACCACUGAGCUACGAGGACAUUAUUAAAAGACAGCACAAUGGCUGGGCUCAAGUACAUGAGUGGUUUUGGGAACGAGUUCUCUUCUGAAGACCCUCGCUGUCCUGGAUCCUUACCUGAGGGACAGAACAAUCCUCAGGUCUGUCCCUACGGCCUCUAUGCUGAGCAGCUCUCUGGCUCUGCCUUCACCUGCCCGCGGCCAGCCAAUAAGAGGAGCUGGUUGUACCGCAUCUUGCCGUCUGUCAAGCAUAAGCCUUUUGCUGCGGUGCCCUCUGGAGAUCUAACAGAGAACUGGAAUGAGGUGGAACCCGACCCUAACCAGCUGCGAUGGCUGCCAUUCACCAUCCCCAAAUCUACAGAGAAGAAAGUGGACUUUGUGGCUGGUCUGCAAACUGUCUGCGGUGCCGGAGAUGCCAAAUCUCGCGACGGCAUUGGCAUCCACGUGUACACCUGCAACACUUCCAUGGUCGACAGGUGCUUCAACAACUCAGAUGGAGACUUUCUGAUUGUCCCCCAGCAGGGUAAGAUCUUGAUCACCACAGAGUUUGGGAAGAUAAUGGUCGAGCCAAACGAAAUCGGUGUCAUCCAGCAAGGAAUGCGCUUCAGCGUGGAUGUGUUUGGAGAAACCAGAGGCUAUAUACUGGAGGUGUACGGAGCCCAUUUUGAACUCCCUGACCUGGGACCCAUCGGAGCCAAUGGUCUGGCCAACCCAAGAGAUUUCCUGUGUCCAGUUGCUUGGUACGAGGACCGCGAAUUGGCUACGGAUUACAUCGUCAUCAACAAGUACCAAGGAAAGCUCUUUGCCUGCCAACAGGAUUUCUCUCCAUUCAAUGUGGUAGCUUGGCAUGGGAACUACACACCUUACAAAUACAACCUGAAGAACUUUAUGGUUAUCAACGCCGUGGCCUUCGACCAUGCGGAUCCAUCUAUCUUUACUGUGCUGACUGCCAAAUCCACGCGACCAGGUGUGGCGAUUGCUGACUUUGUCAUCUUCCCCCCUCGGUGGGGUGUGGCUGACCACACCUUGCGUCCACCAUACUAUCACCGUAACUGCAUGAGUGAAUUCAUGGGUCUGAUCAAAGGCCACUAUGAAGCUAAAGAGGAGGGCUUCCAGCCAGGAGGGGCCAGCCUACACAGCAUAAUGACGCCACACGGCCCGGACGGCGAAUGCUUUGAAAAGAGCAGCACUGCUGAGCUCAAACCUGAGAGGGUGGCUGAGGGAACUAUGGCUUUCAUGUUUGAGUCAUCCUUCAGUAUGGCAGUGACCAAGUGGGGCCUGCACACAUGCCAGAGGCUUGACACGAGCUACCAUCAGUGCUGGGAAUCUCUGCGCAGCCACUUUAAUCCCAACUGGAAGCCGAGCAAACAGUAGAACAAAAGGGACUUAGAAGAAAUAUGAACCAAAUGUAGUUGCUAAAUAAAGACAGUAAUAAUGUAAUUUGACUUAAAUAUAACUACAACCUAUGUAAUGUUUGUGCAACUUGGCUUUCUUUAUCUGUUUUUUACAUUACAGAAGUGUAAACCACUAAGAUUGGCAUUGCACAAUUAAGAUUAAAACAAACAUUUGACAGGUCUUUCUACAUGCCACUGUGCAUG